ACGGUGAUGACGCGAAAACAGUCCGUCUCUAUUGUUGCUGUUGUGAGCCAAAGAUGGAGGUCGACAGAUGAUAAAGCUGGAAUAACAAGAGUUGACACAUUUUGUCUCUUCGUUUUAAACGAUAACUUGAUGUGAUGGCACAAGAGGAUGAAAUCAAUCUGCUGGUCAUCGUCGUGGAUGUAAAUCCGAUAUGGUGGGGUCAGCAAGCUCAACGUGAGCCAGAGUUCACCUUGUCCAAAUGUCUGGAUGCAGUCAUGGUGAUGGGGAACUCCCACAUGGCUAUGACCAGGACAAACAAGCUGGCUGUCAUCGCUAGCCACUGCCAAGACAGCCACUUCCUAUAUCCUAAUAAGAGCGGGGGAGGAGGGGAGAACGGUGAAGAUGAUGCAUCCUCCAGCAGGGAUGGAAAAUACGAACUACUAUCUAUCGCCAACAACCUUAUUGCAGAAGAGAUCAGGAAUGUUAUGUCGAAAUCUGAAGUGAUGGGGAAUUCGACUGAUGCUCUAUUGGCUGGAUCCCUCGCCAAAGCUCUCUGCUAUAUCCACAGGGUCUCUAAAGACCUGGAGGUUGGACAGGAGAUCAAAUCAAGAAUAUUGGUGAUAAAAGCAGCUGAGGACUGUGCUCUGCAGUACAUGAACUUCAUGAAUGUGAUUUUUGCAGCACAAAAGCAGAACAUCCUGAUAGAUGCCUGUGUGUUGGACUCAGACUCAGGGCUCCUUCAGCAGGCUUGUGAUAUAACUGGAGGCUUGUACCUGAAGAUACCACAGAAAGCAUCCCUGGCACAAUACCUUUUGUGGGUGUUCCUGCCAGACGCUGAGCAGCGUUCACAACUGAUGCUGCCGCCGCCCGCACACGUAGACUACAGAGCUGCAUGUUUCUGCCACCGUAACCUGAUUGAAAUUGGUUACGUGUGUUCAGUUUGUCUGUCAAUAUUCUGCAUCUUCAGCCCCAUUUGCACAACUUGCGAGACUGCCUUUAAAAUCCAGUUACCACAGAUGGUGAAGCCCAAAAAGAAGAAACUUAAACUACCUGCGUGAUUUCUUUUUCCUCUGAAAAUGUUGUUAAUUUAGUUUCUUGUUGUUCCACUCAGAAAAAAACUGUUCUGUUAGUAUAGAUUUGUAAUAACUUUAUUGGCUCUCCUAAUGCAGCAAGGCCAUGUGAAGAUGCGGACGUCAUCUGUCCUUUAUCCUGACAAGUAUUCUUAAAUGCAAGGCAAUAACUUUCCUCAGAAAUUUGGUUAACAAGUUUAUAAAGAAAAUAUUUUACAUAUUAAACAUGCAUUUAAACA